CUGUUCUCAUCGUUCUUUUGGAUCUUGUAUGAUGCCCACCUUGCCUUGUGACAGCUGCGGUUGUUUUCCUUCGUACAAGGAUUCUAACGGCAAAAUAAAUGCCACCGUACACGUGUACGUAGUAAGUACAGUAGGCAGUAGGUGAGUCGGCUACUUCCGCCAUUUGCACUCGUGCUGUCCUGUUACCUGCACCGUCGGGAGCACGGCUUGUUCCUGGGCUGCCUCAAAGAACAUACGCUUUCCUUCGCCGUCUACCUGCACAGUAGGGCCACCCACACCUGCAACCACUGGGCAAGGCCGGGCACCCAAAGGUCCUUACUUCAGCUUCCAAUGCCACAACAGCAACUCACAUCAGCUGCAGAACAGGACACCGUUCAGAACGGGGCGGCACAGGGAUAAGUUGAGGAGGAUCCGUGACUCGCGAGGAGGCGAGGCCAACUCGUCUUUACCGUGUCUUACUCUCGCCACUGUCAUGGUUUGGUCACGAGCCUCCUUAACAUUUCAUUCUCAAGAUGGUGACCACCAACAUUCAUGCUUUUUUGACUCCACCUCUGACACCGUUCAAGAGUUACAGCAGUAUGUGGACUCAACAAGAGAUGCGUAAACAAGUGGAAGAUGCCCUAAAGUCCUUGCUUGCCAAGAAUAAACAGGAAAUAGAGGCAGCUCACUCCUGCUUGGACAUUGUCUACAAUGACAAAAUUACAGAGCUUAUUUUUUCUGUGGCUAAGACUCUCAGCCUCUCCAGUGAGAUAAAAUACCAAGCAGUGGAGAUAUAUCAGAGUUUCAUCUCUAGUUACUUGGACAGUUGUGUGGCAUCAUGCUCAAAGGAAGAUUUGUCCACUGACAAAGUACUUAAACAAAAGGCUAGGAAGAUAAAGGAAGAGGCAACACCUAAGGCCUUAGCAUGUGUGUUGAUUGCAUCCAAACUAACAAGCAAUAAGAGCCUUUUUACAACCACCAUGGUCUCAUCCCUCUCAUGGCUGAAGCUUCACCCGAGAGACAUCUGCAAACAUGAAAUUCAGAUAUUGAAGCAUCUUGAAUUCAGGUGCUGUAAGAUAUCUCCAGUUUUGGAGUAUAUUGGUGCAGCAGUGUCUAUUGCUGGACUGUGGCAUGGAAGCAGUGAACCUUUCACCAAUAAAGUAAAGGGAUUGAACAUGAAGUGUCUGUCAGCUGAGUGUGUUCAAGAGACAGCAGUUGAAUUGUCAGACUUUGUGUAUCUGAACCGGGAGCAAGUUUAUGAGAAAUUGUGUUGUUCCCUCACAGGCCAAACUCCAAGACGCACAAGCCAAUUUCAUUCUAGGGCAGGAUGGAGAACUGCAGGGCGGGCAUGAAGGCGUUGGCUUGAGCCCACCUGACGAACAGCUCCUUGCCGGGAUGCAGCCUCUACACGUUGCCUCCUAUCAUGUCUGGCAGCACGAAUGGGUAACCAAGGAGGCCCGGCGGUGAGGAGCAAUGAGGUAAGAGGUGAAUCCGUCCCCAGCAUUGGCAUUUGUCCCGCAUGACAUUGAAGGCAGCAACAGAACACAGCAGUGGAGGCACAUUGUGGGCAGCAUUUCCAGACACACAGGCCAACACUAACCAAAGCGCAGCAGCGAAGGCACGAGCGUCUUGAAGCCAUUGUAGUAACUCCAGGUGGAGUACUUGUCAAGCAUCCUGACGAAGAUUGGGAAGCGCUGGGAGCUCUGGCCAACUCUGGUCUCCACGAUGUCCCUGAAGUCCGCCAGUGGCUCCAUGUACCUGCCACCAUUCCACCAUCUCAGGCUACAUUCCUUACCCAAACUAAUCUUAUAACGCAACCUACCUUAACCUAACCAAACCUAACCUAGCCACAAUUUCAGGCUGCAUUUCACACAUAACUAGAAAUAACUUGAGAGUAUACUCCUAACUGAACCAAACCACGCCCACCAUUCACCCAUCUUUGCUCCUGAAAGCUCGACUGACGCACACUGUUGGUUCAUAAGAUCACUGAACACUGAAUUGGUGUUCCUGAUGCACUGAGUGUGUAGUUGUGUUGUCAGGUUGGAUUUGAUAGAUGUGCGUUGUAUCUGGAUUUGUCGGUUUGUAUUUCUUUGUAUUGAAUUUGUACACCCGUGAGAAAAAAAGGUAGGAUCAGUCAGUGUCAGUCGCCUUUCUUUCUUCUGUUGCAUUGUGUUAGUUUGUAUUUCUACUUAUUUGUAUCGUGUAUGUAUUGUAUUUGCUUUCCCCAGCACCUGCGCCAUGUCCGUACCACACAGCAGCGUUUUAGUGUGACUUGAAUCCACACUUAUC